AUGCAAUUGUCGAAUGGCGAUGAGUAUAUUGGUUGGACGCUUAUUGAGAGAAGAGUGCCGUUUCAGGGCUAUCGCACCUAUGUGGCGUCGACGUACAUCGGAUUUAAUGUCGUUGGAUUCGCCAUCAACUCGUGGGUACUGUAUGUCGUCGCUCCGUUGCUGUUCGCCCCAGCCAUCAAGGUGCCGAAAAGUAUACUUUUCUACAUUUUCGCAUUAUGCGUUGGCGAUCUGAUGACAAUGAUAGCCAUGUUGUUUCUAAUAAUCGAAUUGGUCAUUGGAACUUGGCAAUUCUCGUCAAUGAUUUGCACGUCGUAUUUGAUUUUGGACUCGAUGAACAAAUUCAUCGCACCAAUGAUUGUCUUCCUUAUUAGUCGAACUUGCUAUACUACCGUAUGUCUCGACAUGAAGCGCGGCGAGAAAGCGUCAACAUUAAGGUAUGCGAUAAUGCAAUUUUUGCUGGCCCUUGCGUGUGUUAUGGUUCUCCUCUGGCCGGUAUUCGCCUACUCGCAAGUGUUCACAUUUUACAUGAACGCGAACGCGACAAGUCAAGAAGUGAUGGUUAUGAGGAAGUGCGGAUUUUUUCCGCCGCCACGAAUUGAGUUUUGGUUCAAUUUGAUUGCCUGUAUAACCUCAUAUGCUGUUCCCUUAUUUGGCAUAAUUUAUUGGUAUGUUUCUGUUCCGUUCUUCUUGAAAAGAAGAGCUCUCACGACCCUGGUGGCUUCAAGCUCAAUGGAUGCCGCUCUUAAAAAAGUAAUUACUACCGUACUCCUGCUUACCGUAAUCUAUGUACUUUGCUGGACACCUUAUUGGGUUUCAAUGUUCGCCAAUCAUGUAUGGACCAUGGAGAAGAAAAUUAUAAUCAUCAUAUCCUACUUCAUCCAUUUGCUGCCCUACGUCAGUUGUGUUGCCUAUCCCUUGAUUUUCACGCUGUUGAAUCGCGGAAUUCGGUCAGCGCAUGCGAAAAUCGUAGCCGAUCAGCGGCGACGAUUCCGAAGUCUGACGGAUGAGGCGAGCUCUCAAAUUCGGACGGCAAUCCGGACCAUUCCCGUUGGCGGUGGACCUAAGCGAAAAUCCGAUAUGCUGAAUAGGCUCGAUGAGGCGAGCGUCUCCGACAAGGACAAUAUGGUGAACAUCUCGCUAUCUUCGUUCCCCGAAGAAACGCUUUUAUAA